AACAGACAUAUUGCUCAUUAUCGAUUAUUAUAAACAAAUAAAUAAGUAUGUAAUAGAAAAACGGAACUACUAAGACUGCAAAUAAGAGCAAAUAGUUGUCAACAACAGUGAUAAAAUUUAUACUCAGUCUCACAUAUUAUUGACAGAAAGAUGAAACCAAUUGUCAAAAUGACAUUCUGGAUGACGUGUUUUUUAUAUAUUGUCACGACGAUAGAUACUGCAAGAAUUUUGGCCAUUAUUCCAAUACCAUCUUACAGUCAUCAAAUUCCUUAUCGUACGAUAUGGACUACUCUGAGUCGACGAGGACACGAAGUCGUUCUUAUAACAUCAGAUCCAAUCGAUGAUCCUGGUUUGAUCAAUUUGACAGAAAUCAAUUUCCAUUCCAAUUAUAAAAUAUUAAGAAAAAUUGACUUCGUCGAAAUGAUGUCCCAUUCAUGGAUGAGUACACAGUACACACAAUUAUGGGAUCUAUGUCUUGAAAUAUCAGAAAACAUUUAUAAACAUCCAGAAAUACGUAAGAUGUAUGAAUUAGAUAGUAAUCAAAAAUUCGACGUAGUAAUAGCAGAAACUACACUAACACCCAGCUUGUACGCUUUAGCGUACAGAUUUAAUGCACCUCUUAUAGGUGUAUCAACAUUAAAAUUGUAUAAUCAUAAUCAUUUUCUACUUGGUGCACCUGUUCUAUCAUCACAUAUCUCUACUUGGGAAAUGGAAGAUGAUACUGGUUUUAAUCUUUCAUUAUGGCAAAGGAUAAAAAAUUUUAUUCGUCAAUGGUAUCAUAUAUAUUGCGUUCUAAAUCACUAUUAUCCUAAGCAUCAGGCAAUAGCUGAAAAAUAUCUUGGAAAUGAUAUCCCGGACAUAAGUGAUAUGGAAAGAAAUAUAAGUAUUGUUUUGGAAAAUCAGCAAGAAGUUCUCUCGUUUUCCAGGCCAAAAGCACCUAAUGUUAUAUCAUUUGGAAAUCUUCAUAUUUCAAAAAAACUCAUGGCCUUACCAAAAGAUUUGAUGGAAUUUAUAACAAAUGCGCCAAAUGGAUUCAUUUAUAUGAGUUUAGGUACAAAUGUCAUGAUGACAUCAUUUCCAAAUAACAUACAACAAAUAUUUCGUGAUGUAUUUGCAAAUAUGCCGUGCAAAGUUUUGUGGAAAUAUGAAGGUGAAUUAAUAAAUAAACCUGACAAUGUCUACAUCGCUAAAUGGUUUCCGCAGCAAAGUGUCCUUGCCCAUUCAAACAUUAAAUUAUUUAUAUACCAAGGUGGGCUUCAGAGUACAGAAGAAGCUAUUUAUUAUAAAGUACCGGUCUUAGGAUUACCAGUGCUAGCUGAUCAGUAUGCUCAACUUAAUAGACUAGAAUAUCUUGGAAUUGGAAAACAUUUAAAUAUUAUGAAUAUAUCGAAAGGAUAUUUAAAUGAGACUAUAAUGGACAUGUUGAAUAAUAAAAGGUAAUCAUUUUUUACGCAAGUAUUUUUAUAUAAGCUAAUUGUCAUGCAACAUCUCGCGCUGACAAAAUGUUUGUAUAAUUAUGAUCGAAAUAUAGUUGUAAAAAUUAUACUGCAAGUUUGCUUCUUCCA